UGCAGUGCUGGCAAUAAUUUAAAUCACCUAUUCCUGUAAAAAUGACUAAAGCUCCUUUCACACUGGCACUCUGUACCUGGGUCAGAACCUAUCUGGUUCAGGACCCAGUGUCAUGCGGGUCAGGUACGCAAUUUAACACUGCUUUUGAUAAAGCAGGGUUGACCAGGGUGACAGACGCAAGUUAACAAUAUCAGUGCUCCAGUGCAGCUUGUUACUGACGCUUCCGUCCAAGCUUCUCUGGAUUGAACCAUUGGCCCAAAUGUUGAUUAGAGCAAAUGUUUCUACACCCCUGCUGCAAUUUGGCUCGUGCUGUGUAUCAAUUAACAAAAAUAUGGCUAAACAGAAUAAACAGAAAUGUUCCUUGCGGAAGUGAAACCUUAAAGCAGACGUGGCUGUUUGUUAUUGCGUCAGCUCAGGAAUGGCCAUCAAGCAUUUUAUCUCGCUCAACACGGGUCAAAGCGUGUAGACCCACAUCCUGAGGUGGCUCGCUGGGAUCCGGGUAUGACCCAGGUACAUGAUUUAGCACUAUGUGGGAUUGUGACCCAGGUAGCUAGGACCCGGGUAGGAUUGCCAGUGUAAAAGGGGUUAAUACGGUUACCUGAAAUCGAUUCUGCCUUAAACUAGUCAUCUGAUUAGCGACUAAUCAAUAAACAGUGUGUAAGAGUGCAGAAGUCCAUGUCCAUCUCAUGCAAGGAAAGGACCCAUUUUGAAUGCUGGAAUCCAAAACUACUACAAAAGAGCCUAGUAUACUGUGCAAUAAAUUGCUGUAUUGGCAAGUAACCAAUUAGCUGAAAGUUUUUUUUAUUCAUGAAAAAACAUCAAUAUAUUGGUGCAGAAUCCUUUUCUAUGGUAUUAUGUUCUUAAUUACAGCACCUUUACUAGGAACACUUCUUUCCCAGUGUGAUUCAAAGCAUGCUUAUACCAAUCAGCAGUAAUUCAAACUUUGCAGAUAACUAGCCACAAGAGACCAUGGAAGCUGACUGACCUGGAUAUUCGACAGGCCUGCAUGCUGUGCUAUAUUUAGUCUUUAAUAAAUACAGCAGUACGAUUUCUCUUUAGUACUAAACUUAGUGAGGUUAACUGCCGCCGCUGCUGCUGCUGCUGCUGGUACUCGUAACUGCACAGCUGCUACAUCUGCCAUCUACUGUUGCCUUCGUCUGUUAACAACAUCACGGACAAAACUAUAGAAAGAAAGAAAACUGGAGAGACACACACGUCAGGCACCUUGUGUUUCUUGAUCUUGCUGCUGUACUUCGUGUAUACAUCAUGAUUUUCAAAGAAGUCCACUCCAUUGUCUUGUUCCCUGUGCAUCUAUUAAUGUGGCUGUACACUGCCCUUACCUUUGUUCCAUGGUAUCUCCUUACCGAUGCCCAAAAGAAACAGACCAUGGCAAAGAGGAUAAAAGCCAAAGCCACGUCUGAUAAGACGGAAGGCCCAUAUCGUUCUGUGGACCACUUCGACUCGCUCGCUGCGAUGACUUUCCCUGGCAUUGACACUUUGGACAAGCUGUUUAGCCACGCAGUGCAGAAGUUUGGAAAGGCUGAUUGUCUCGGGACCAGAGAGGUUCUGAGUGAGGAAAACGAGAAGCAGCCAUCUGGGAAAGUUUUUAAAAAGCUCAUUCUGGGCGAAUACAAGUGGCUUUCUUAUGAAGACGUAGAUGCUCAGGUGAAGCACUUUGGUAGUGGUCUGGCUGCUCUAGGGCAGAAGCCAAAGAGCACCAUCGCCAUCUUCUGUGAGACUAGAGCAGAGUGGAUGAUUGCGGCUCAGGCUUGUAUCAGAUACAAUUUCCCUUUGGUCACUCUGUACGCCACACUAGGAGAAGAUGCAGUAGCAUAUGGUCUGAAUGAGUCUGGAGUCACCCACCUCAUUACUAGUACAGAGCUUCUGGAAGACAAACUUAAGUGUGUGCUGUCGCAGCUGAAGAGUCUAAAGCACAUCAUCUGUGUGGAUAAAAAGACUAUCAGUAAAACUGGCUUUCCGAAGGAGCUCGAGGUUCACAGUAUGGAAUCUGUGCAGGAGCUGGGAGCCAAACCUGAGAACCUAAGUGUAGAACCUUGCCGACCUGUCUCCACGGAUCUUGCUGUCGUCAUGUAUACCAGUGGUUCCACUGGCCGUCCAAAAGGCGUCAUGAUCAUUCACAGUAACCUGAUAGCAGGGAUGACAGGACAGUGUGAGAGGAUACCAGGACUGGGCCCAAAAGACACCUACAUUGGUUAUCUGCCCCUGGCUCACGUGCUUGAAAUGACUGCUGAAAUGUCUUGUAUCACGUAUGGCUGCAGGGUAGGAUAUUCCUCUCCACAGACUCUGUCAGACCAGUCCACUAAAAUCAAGAAGGGAAGUAAAGGGGACUGCUCUGUCCUGAGACCAACCCUGAUGGCAGCUGUGCCGGAAAUAAUGGAUCGAAUCUUUAAGAAUGUAAUGUGCAAAGUUCAGGAGAUGAAUUAUGUCCAGAGAACUCUUUUUAAACUAGGAUAUAACUACAAACUAGAACAGAUCACAAGGGGAUACGAUGCUCCACUCUGCAAUAUGCUGCUCUUUAACAAAGUGAAAGCCUUACUGGGUGGCAAUGUGCGGAUGAUGCUGUGUGGUGGGGCCCCUCUCUCUCCAGCCACUCAGCGCUUCAUGAACAUCUGUUUCUGCUGCCCUGUGGGGCAAGGCUACGGGCUGACGGAGACGUGCGGAGCAGGAACCAUCACAGAAGUGGCAGACUACAGCACUGGCCGUGUAGGGGCUCCCCUCAUCUGCUGUGAAAUAAAACUGCAAGACUGGCUUGAGGGUGGCUACACCAAUAAAGACAAGCCCAACCCCCGUGGAGAGAUUGUGAUUGGUGGACCCAAUGUUACAAUGGGAUAUUUUAACAAUGAAAAUAUCAAUGAAGACUUCUUUGUGGAUGAGAACGGGCAGAGGUGGUUCUGUACAGGGGACAUUGGCGAGAUCAAUCCCGAUGGCUGCCUGCAAAUCAUCGAUCGUAAGAAGGACCUAGUGAAGCUACAAGCUGGAGAAUACGUGUCCCUGGGAAAAGUAGAAACCGCUUUGAAGAACUGCUCACUCAUCGAUAAUAUCUGUGUAUAUGCAAACAGUGAACAGAAUUAUGUAAUAAGCUUUGUGGUGCCAAACCAAAAGAAACUGACCUGCCUCGCUGUCAAAAAAAACAUUGAAGGAUCAUGGGAGGAGCUCUGUAACAAUCCAGUCCUGGAGGGCGAAGUGCUGAAGGAGAUUAAAGAAGUAGCAACUUCAAUAAAACUUCAGGGUUUUGAAAUCCCAGUAAAGGUUCGAUUGAGCCCAGAACCCUGGACCCCGGAGACAGGUUUGGUAACGGACGCCUUCAAGUUGAAGCGAAAAGAGCUGAAGAACCAUUACCUCAGUGAUAUUGACAGAAUGUAUGGGGGGAAAUAGAGCUGCCCUCUUGGGGAAGGGACUGGGCUGGACUGUGUGUAAAGUUCUGGUUAAAAAAAAAAAAAGAAACUAGCAAAAGUGAUUACCCUUAAACUCUGAAGCACUGCGACCUGGUGAAAUUUUUAUUCUGAAAUUAAAUAUUUAAAUGUUAUUUAUAAAGCUGUCUGGAUUCAAGUCACACUAGAUACAAAACACAUUUAUUGUAAAAACAAGUUCAGUUGAGUGGCCAAAUGUGUUUUCAUAGUGCAAUUCUUAAUGUCAUCGUCCUUUUUAAAUGUAAAACGCACAAAAAAAAACAAACAACAACUGUUUUAAAGUGUUCUGUCUUGGUUUUGAUUUGUUGUGGGGGAGGGGACGGACCUGGUGAUACUAUUUUAAAACUGCCAUUCAUUUUCUAUGUUAUCUUCGCUCGUCUUUUGUAACUGAAAUAAUUAAACUCUUGAUUUUAAUUAUGUAUAUGAAUCUUCUGUACAUUUUGCAAAUAUGUUUCAGCUUGUAAAAGGGAGUAGGUAUUGGGAGAUUCUUGGCAAGCUUAAAAAGAUCCUGAUGUCUGUCUUUUUUUAUGGCACAUAAAUAAGAUGAAGAACAAUGUAUGGUAAUAUACCAUGCCUGCUUUUAAGAAAAAAAAGCUGUUAAUAUAUUAUAAUUCCUCUCACCAAAGACACCGUAGCUUUGUGCUGUCAUAUACCAGACUUGUAAAUGUAGCAUUGCUUUAAUAAUGUGUAUUCACAUUAGUGCAAAAUUAUCCAAAUUUAAUUUAAUUUUAAUUUUAUGUCAUGCUUUAUUUCACCAAUAGUUCCAAGAAAUUAAAUGUUUUGUGGGUGUGACUAUUUAUUUAGAUAUAUUACCACACUUAGGGAACCAGUACAGUUGACAUACGUUCCACAUUUGUUUCUAAGUAUAUACUGCAUUUGUUAUAUAACUAGAAAAAAACUACUGGUGAAGAGUAUUAGUGUCCAGUCUUAAUAUUGCAUCACACAAAUUGAAAGAGGUGGCCGUUUUCAAUGUUGGUAUCUAUAGAACCUUUUUUUUUUUUUAAACUGUAUGUUUAGAAACAGAUACAGCAAAAUUGGUUGAAGAAUUUUGACAAAACAGUAAGUUCAGUUGCAAUGUUCUUUUUAAAAUAAAUGAGAAAUGCUGAAGAGACUAUCGGUGACAGCAUUUUUCUGGACAUUACUUUUUGUGUUGGAUACGCUUACAAUAAUGGCAUCUGUAUUGUGUUGAGCACUGGCCCUUUCAAUCAGUGACUAAUUAUGCUGUUAUGGUCUAUAUAAUCUUACUGAAGAAAUUGAUAGCCAAGAAAAUUACAUGUUAUGAUCUCUUAUUGAAUUACAAAUGCUAUCACACGCCGCCCUUCUGCUGUGCUAAUGAUCUGGUUAUUCAGAUCAAAAAAAUACAGUGCUAUGACAUUCCUAAUACCAGAUCACCACAUUUGGAGUUAAUCUAAGCUACUGUACUACACAGGAAAUUAAUAUAUUGUGUUUUUUAAAUAUGCAUCACAUGGGGACCAUGAUCACUCUUGAAAUACUGUAAGAAACUUCAUAAAUUCAAUGACUAGAAGUCAUUCUCAGUCUUCAAUGAUAAUGCUGGUAGUGCACAUAAGAUGAAUUUUAAAGUCAUUGUUAUCCUUUUUUUUAAGAUUACUUCAUUUCUUAAAGACAGAUUUAGAAGAUAGAAAUCUUCCAGCCCUCGCUGUUUGCUUUCCCUACAUGGUACAUUGUGUAAAAACAAAUCUCACAAUUUUUAAUUUUGCUCUUGUCCUCUCACUGUUGCCUAAUAUACUGUAUUAAUGUAUUUGUAAUUGCAGGUUUAGUUAACCAACUCUACAUUUGAAAAUUUUUAUACAUAGAAAAGCAGUACAGCUGGGUUAUAUUUAUGCUGUAUGUGUGUGCGUGUUAGUGUUUUGUAUAUUGCUAAACAUUGCUUAAACUUUCAGAAACACCAUUUGUUUCUGCCAGUACAUUUGUCCAUAUGUUCAUAAAAACCUGCUUUGCAGUAAGCUAUUGCUUUCUUCGACACACUUGGUUUAAAUGGCACAAACCAUUGUUGCGUUUAAAACCCAAUCCUUCAAAGAUAGCUUCUGUAGUUUUCUUAUUAUAAAGAAUGUAUUUUGGAGCAAUGGAAUAUGAGCAAUUCAAUUAUCAACAAAUAUUUUACAGUGAGAUUUAUUUGGCUCUACCAAAUCAUAAAUUACAAAAACAAAUUCCUGCACCCUCCUGCAGAUUUUCUGAUCGUUUGGGCAAUGAAUUUAAUGAAAUGCAUUUAAUGUUGAAAGUUUGUAUGGAAAAGCCUGAUUUUACUUGAUUUUUAGAGGAUUCAGAAGCAGUAAAAUAUUUCCAAUGAAUUAUUAUUAAAUAAUAAUAAUAUAUAUUUUUUUUUUAUAAUGAAUGUGUUACCUGGUGGUCUGUUUAUGUUUCGAUAAUAUUAUGUAAACAGGUUGCACAAGGAAGAAACAGACCAAAAGUUCAACUCUUCGGUGGUUAGUAACAUUACAGCCGGGUUAAAAAAAAAAAAAAAAAAAAAAAAGUUUGUAUUUCCCAUUUUGCAUCUAGCAUUCUGCUUUAUGCUACAAGUUAACACAAGUACACUGAUGUUGUGGAUCUCUGUUUUUUAUUGGAGUCCUAGUGUAGUGCACAGUAAUAGCUGUUUUCAUCAAACACAUUUUUAUGAACUGAUGGCAAAAAGUAACGGAUGCAAUGUCACAUGGUUUACAUAGGUAACAGUUCAGAGAGUGAUGUAUGUUUAUCAUUUAUUUAAAGUUGUACAACACUUGAAACAAAGAUAACUUGUGUGUAAUAUCUUGUAAUAAAAUAAAUACAUUACCAAAA